UUUUCGUCGUUGCAUCUCAAAAUGCUCGUCCGUGCGUCGGCGGCGGUGAUAUUGAUUUUUUUCGCCAUAGAUUUCGCAUUGAGUCAGCAGCAAGAUGCGCCUCGCGUCUGGACGAAAUCGGGAAGAAUCAGGGGUCGCUACUUGAUCUCUGCCCAGGGAAAGAAGUACGCGGCCUUUGAGGGGAUUCCGUACGCCAUGCCACCCAUCGGCCCGAGAAGAUUCGAGCCUCCGGUGUCGGUGCAACCAUGGGCCAACGAGUUGUCGGCCAAUCGCACGCGCGACGUCUGCCUGCAGCAUCGACGCGACAAAAACAAGUGGGGCAGCUACCUGCAGGGCUCGGAGGACUGCCUCUAUCUGGACGUCUACGUGCCGCCACCGAAUAACAAUAGCAAGAAAAACGGGUCGAUGCCGGUGAUCUUUUACAUACACGGUGAAGCCUUUCAGUACGGAGCCACCACCCAGAUGGGCGCCAAGUAUCUGGCCGACUACGGGGUCAUCCUCGUCACGAUCAAGUAUCGUCUGGGCGUUCUCGGCUUCCUCAGCACCGAGGACGACGUCCUGCCCGGCAACAUGGGCCUCAAGGAUCAGAGCAUGGCCCUGCGCUGGGUCUCCGAGAACAUCGCCGACUUCGGCGGCGACCCCAAGAAGAUCACCCUGGCCGGUCUGAGCGCGGGCGGCGCCAGCGUGCACUAUCACUACCUGUCGCCGAUGAGUCGAGGACUGUUUCACGCGGGCAUGUCCUUCAGCGGCACGGCUUUCGACUGCUGGACGCAGACGGAGAACUCGCGGGAGAAAGCGUUCAGAGUGGCGGAUCUGGUCAACUGUCCGAAUCACGAGCCGCAAGAGAUGAUGCGAUGCAUGAAGUCGCUGAGGGCCGAGUCGCUGGUCGGCGUCGAGCCGAAUUUCAUGCCGUGGCAAUUGUAUCCGUUUACGCCGUUUGGCCCUGUAGCCGAGCGAAACUCCAAGAGGCCGUUCAUCGACCGAUCGCCCGUAGAAAUAAUCAACAGUGGCGAUGUCCAAGACGUACCUUGGAUCACUGGUGUGGUCAGCGAAGAAGGGCUUUAUCAAGUUGCCGAGCUCGUGAAUAAACCGGCCGUCUUGAAGGAACUGGACCAGCAGUGGCUGUCGAUCGCGCCUCACUUUUUGGACUACUACUUCACGAUUCCCAAGCACAUGCACUCGGCCGUCGCUCAAGUCGUUCGCGAGAAUUACUUCGGCAACAAGACGAUAGGAAACGCGACGCUGCCCCAGCUGAUUCGAAUGUCCGGCGACAGAUUCUUCAACGUCGACGCGCAGAGAGCCGCGAAGGCUCAGGCCGCGGCCAACAAGAGUCCCGUCUGGUUCUUCCAUUACAGUUACCGUGCCAACACGAGCAUGAGCGACCGCACGACCAACAGCACGAAGAACUACGGAGUGUGUCACGGUGACGAUAUCUGCAUGGUAUUGGACAAUCCAUUCAUCGUACCAAAAACUCCAUCGGAUAUUGCCAUGAGUAAGGAUCUCUUGAAGAUGUGGGUUACUGUGGCAAGAACGGGUGCUCCCAAUUUCGGACCCAAAUGGACCACAGUCAAUCCCUUUAAAAAUGCCUUCAACUUUUUGGAGAUAUCAGGACCAUCGAAACACAAGAUGAAGAGCGAUUCAAAUUUUGCCCAAGUUCAAUUCUGGGACAGAAUCGAUUUUGACGAAAACAGAGUCAUCAUUAAACCAUACGGGCCAAGAAACGCAGGAUCUUCUAUAUUUUUCACAGGCAAUGCAGUGUUGACUCUAGUUUGCUUCCUGGGCAUUUAUUCAUUCAAGUUUAUGUGA